GUUUAUACUUCAUGUGCAUCCAAAUUCAUAAAUUAAAAAAAAUGUCAUUAAAGGCCUAGAAAUUUCUUAAAAACUAGUCAUAGGCCUAGAAAUCAUCGUAAAAUAUUGCGCGAAUGUAGGUGGACGUGGCGAUGCAUUAAGCCUCUUAUCAUCGAAGUCGCUUCAUGUGUGCUGCCGUGUCUCGUGUGUGAAAAAGCGCGCGUCGUGCGGCCUGGGCGAUUUCCUCAGAGGUGUUUAAUCGCUGACGGACUGUCGUCCAUUCGGGGGAUCCUCAAGGAUGCGGGCCUCCCGUGGCUUCUAUGGUAUGUUGGCGCUUGUCGCCGUUACGAUCACAAGUGUGAUGUUCAUCUCAGGACCGAGCGGUGGGGCUGGCGAUGGGUACAAUUCGCUUGCACAGCUCCCGCCUCACCCCGCCCCACCACGCAGAAAAAUGAGUAAACCCAGGCCUCGGUUUGGCAUCGGUCGCCGCUUUGAAAACACUUAUAACCGCAUCGACACUCCUGGCAAACAUGUCACCGAAAUAUUACAAAAAGUAAACUCGGCGGUGGGGAGAGACCUGCAGAUCCUGCGCCAAGAUCCUCAACUUGAAGGCAAAAUACCAGCGGCGAAGCAGAUCGUGAUAGUGACAACCUGGCGUUCAGGAUCAACGUUCAUGGAGGCGUUUUUCGACAGUCAUCCUGCAAUGUUCGAUAUAUAUGAGCCGCUCUCCCAGUUCGGUUUACAGAGAGCAAGGAACGGAGCCCAGGCUGCCCAGGCACAGGCCCUCAUAACCGACCUCCUGCAGUGCAAGUAUGAGAGCAUCAAAUACUUGGAUAAAAUUAAAGUAAUAGAUUCCAUGAUGGACCCGACGGUACAUUCGUUCUGUAACAAAAGCAUGUGGCGGGAGGACACUUGUCUACAUCCAGAGUUCCUAUCUAAAGCUUGCCAAUUUUUUCCGUGGAAGAUUUUGAAGAUCGUCCGCAUGGACUUAGGUUUACUGAAACCCUUUUUGGAAAGUCCGGUCUCGUCAGACCUCAGGAUUAUUUACUUAGUGCGAGACCCUCGCGCUGUGAUCCACUCGAGACGUGCCACGGUUACCUGGUGUAAGCCAACCUCAGUUGAAUGUUAUUUUCCUUCAGUUCUGUGUCAAGAUAUGGACAACGAUUUGGAGUCAUUUAAAACAUUAAAAAAGUUAUACCCUGAUCGAAUUCAUUUAUUAAGAUACGAAGAUUUCAUGAACGAUGUCUCGAACAUGGCUCGUAACGUCACUCAAUGGGUUGGCUUGACCUACACGACUUCUAUGGAAAAGUUUAUAGAAAUUCACACAUCUAAAGAACAAAAUAAGCCCUGGACCACGUCUCGGAAAUCUAAGGAACAUUUAUUGCACUGGACCCGCAACAUGUCCUCCACUGAUCUGGUGGAAGUGCAAGACGCCUGCGCAGAUACGAUGACAAAUUUCGGUUACAAGCUUGUAAAUGGUACUAAAAAUCUGUCUUUAAAAGAUGUCCUAAACGAAAUUAUUAUCGACUUAUGA